CUUCACAAUAGAAACGAAGUGAACCUGCUUGUAUUACGAACUCGAAUUAAACGAACAAUAUAAUACAUCAAUCAUGUCUGCCAAAAUUGCUAUGGUUUUAUGCCUAUUGGUUGUAGUCGUGUCAUCAGUGCCAGCUCAACCUGGUUGGGGAGCUGGUGCCGGUUGGGGCGGCGCCGGAGGCUGGGGAGGCGCGGGAGCAUGGGGUGGUGCAGGAGCCAAUGGAGCCGCUAACCCCUGGAUCCCCCCGUGGCUAGCCAGCGCACCCUGGUUCCCCCAGUGGGUCCAGUGCACUGGCAUCGGCAGCGAAUGUAUAGACUGCAAUACUAAGCUUGUGUGCACUAAGAUCGGAGGUCUCCAGCGCGCUUGCACCGACCCUCUCCUUCCCUACUGCAACUUGGGUCAGUGUUCAGCUACCCCGUCAGCGGAAUGCGCUGUUCCAGCCGUGCCUGCCGUCGCCCGCACCGCCUAAAAAUUAUCAACCACAAAAUCUUUGAAAUACUCUACCCUCUCAAACCCGAUCUGUUUCGCUACUUUUCCUAAAUCGAAAUCGCUUUAAUAUCUUCUUCAGCGAUUACGACACUCUGAAUCUGUUAACUUAUUAUUCCUAUCAUAUUUGUGUAAUCAAUAAAUGUUACUAUUUUUCAAUUUCA